CUAAGACUUUUCUGUUUCCUGUUGACUUCGCUCCCGAACCUGGCAGAAUGGCUUCAGUCCAGACUCUCCGGCAGUUCGUCGACGAUCGUCUGGCCGCUGUUGCAGAAGAAAUCUUCGGAGUGUUUCAGCAAACUGUGUCCGAAUUGGAGGAAGAGGUGAGCCGCCAGCGGAAGCUGCUGGAAGCCCUGCUGGAGCAACCCGUGGUUCGGCCGCUAAACACAGGUGUCCAGCAGCUUUGCAUGACGAAACAAGAAGAUUCUUCUCAGCAGCAGGAACAGAGACCCAGUCCAAACCGAGCAGAACCAAAAUGGCUACAGAAUGAAGAUGAGGUGCUGGAAAAUGAGACUGUGGUCCAAGUCAAGUGUGAAAUUGAAGACCUGACGGAGGAGGAGCCUCCAGCCUGCUGCAUGACAGGGAACAUUAAAACAGAAGAUGAUGGAGAGGUGUGUGGAGCACCAGAACCAGCAGACUCCUCUGGUCCUCUUCCCCUCUCUGUCCACCAGGGGUCACUGUCUUCUCAAGGUGACACUGACGACACUGACGACAGUGAAGACUGGAGAGAAACUACUGACACACAGCCGGGAUUGGACUCGAAGGAAGUGUCGGCCUCUCCUGACACCUGCCCACUGGCCCCUGGCCCCUCCUCCUCCUCCUCCUCCUCCUCCUCCUCCACACUGGCCCCUCAGGCAGUCGAUGGACUUGCGUCUGCUGAAGAUGAAACUCUGUCUUCACUGGCCGUUGGUGAGCAGAAUGCGUUUGGAUGCCGCCACGUUGACCGACUUGCUGAGUACCUGGUCGGGCUGCGGAGUCAGGUCUCUCUCUGUCUCAGCCACCUGCAGGCGAGUAGUGUGAUAGCGCUGUGGGAGAGCCUGGAGGACGGGGACAAACAGCAGGUGGCCGAUGCAAGGCACCGGCAUGGACUUUUGAGUGGACACUUUAGGACCCCGAAGAGUCCCUCAGAAACACCAGGCGCGGAGAGCGCCACUGACUGCUUGCUGGCUCAGUGCUCUCAUUGUCGGCUGGUGGAGAGCAUUUUUGUUCGGCUCUGUGGUCUGCAUUCUAGCCCGGGAAGGAAAGGCAAGGGGCCAUUUCUGAGGUGGUCUUUCAUAUUGAGGGACUACCACAGAAUCAGGGAUCUGGUCCUCAGCAAUGCCCGGGUGAUGGCAGGAACUGAGCUGCAGCUAGUGGAGGUCAGCCAGGAUGCCCUCAUACAGUGGCACAGCAGCUGGCAGAAGAGCAAGGAGCUCUCCACGUUGCUGCAAGGCGCCGCCUCACCUCCCAUGAUCCCAGCGUCAGAGGAGCCUCUGCAGGUGGCAACAGCACGACCAGCUGGAACCGUCCCAGCGCAGCAGGAGCACCAGGACCAGCUACCCAGGAGCACUGCAGCUCAGGCAAGGAAGAGACAAGGCCCCGCCAUGCAUAAAGGAACACCCAAAAGGCAGUUGUUUGUUGCGCCCCCUACAGCUGCAGCAGCUCCUGUUGUCUUGCAGGCCGGACACCCUGUUGUUUAUUUUCGGUACGUCCUGCCAAGGCCAGAGGGCAGUGUACUGCAAAAGUCCCGUUGGCAGACUCCAAAGAGGCCGUACAGAAGGACUGUGCAGGCCAACACCUGCAAGAAAUGCGGCCAAUUCCGCACAGCAGGUACUGGGCACAGUCAGUUCCGGGGGCGGGUUUACUGCCCAUAUUUUGAGUCACUUGCUAAACGACAGUGGUUGGAAGAGAUGAGGAGGAAGUUCUCAGCAUGAGAACACUGUGAAUAGCUGUACAUAGUCUUAAAAAUAUGAUUCAUGAGCUUGAAGUGAAUAGCUGUUGUUCAGUUCGGGGUCAUCAGUCCUGCCCGCUGACCUUUACAGUUUUGCCAAAACAAACCAAACUGAGUGACAAAAUAGACCCAUCAUCCUCACCAUGGACUGGGCUGGGUGUGAAGAUGCAGGAGUUCAGUUCGACCACUCCAUGACCAAGCCAUCUUCAGCUGACCACAGCAGACACAUCCACACAGGAGGAGCACAUGUCCAUGUGUAGACAAAGCUCAGAGAAACCUCCCAGGGAGCAGGUUUUUUUUUUUACUUUAUCUUUCACCUGACCUGAUGAUGUGUGACAUGUGAACAUAUAAUGGACUUACUUAAUCGCAGAGUUUGAUGGUAGUUAUCACCUAAUUGAAAAAGGCUUUUACUUUCCAGUAUGUGGAAUUUAUUCCAUCAAAGUAUGGAUGUAAAAAUCAGUUUCAUUCUAUUUUCCU